CGUUCAAAAUCUUUAGCCUCCAAACAAAAAAAAGAAAAAGCAAAAAGGACCACAUCCACUUUCACACUAAAACCCUCAAAACGUAAUUCUUCUUAUCACCAUGAAGAGAAGCAUUACAGACAGAGACCACAUGGAAAACCUAACCAUGGCCAACUGCUUGAUGUUCCUGUCCCGCGGAGAUCAUCACCACCAAUUCGAGUACUCAUCGCCGUCGCCAUCGUCAUCGCCGAGCCGAGUCUUUGAGUGCAAGACUUGCAACCGGCAGUUCCCGUCGUUCCAAGCGCUCGGGGGCCACCGGGCGAGCCACAAGAAGCCGAGGGUGAUGACCGGAGACGGAGGUAGCAGCUCCGACAGCCAGGGGGGAUCUCCUGCCAAGCCCAAGACACACGAGUGCACCAUCUGCGGCCUAGAGUUCGCUAUAGGGCAGGCCCUCGGUGGCCACAUGAGACGCCACCGAGCCGCCAUGACAGAGGUUAACCAAGCUCAACAUGUUGUUCGACCUCAUCAUCAUCCAGCUCUCAUCAUGAAUUCAGCUACCACUUUGCAGCAAGUCCCGGUUUUGAAGAAGACGAAUAGUAGUAGGAGAGUUUUGUGUUUGGAUCUGAAUCUAACGCCUUUAGAGAAUGACAUCAAGAUUCUUCAGCUUGGGACGACGGUCCAAUUAAUUGGUUGAUUGUUUCUUAUAAUUAGAUACACACAUACAUACAUACAUAUAUAUAAGUAAUCGUUUUAUA